AGAAAAACAUUAGUUUGACGAGCGUGUGUACAACACUAUGAAUAAUGUACAUAACGAUUGCGUUGCUGCGCAAAAGCGACGCUUGUCCGACUGCGAACCAGCGAAACCAGCGGACGAGAUUCCCUUUCCGCCGUCGCAGGAGCAGCCGACGCAGCCGAAAAAACGCAAAACAGAAGAACUGCAAAGGCAACAACAGCAGCAGCAGCAGCAGCAGGAGCAACAAAAUAAGCACAAUUUGUUGAGCUUCUGCGAUGAGCUGCUCUUUGAGAUAUUCAAGUAUCUGGACACAUCUUCCAUACUCGCCGUCAUGCAUUGCUCGCCGCGCUUUGAGAGCUUGCUCUUGGAUCAUCGCUUCUGGCACAAUAUUGAUCUCAGCAAUGCGCCGCUGCCGUUGGGCAUUCUGGAGGAGAUACUCGGACGUGCCACGGACAAGACGCACACAAUUAAGAUAUGCGGCCCACCCUCAUCUCAGCAUGUUGCCGGCGAAUUCAAACAGUUCACCUGCACUUUGACCUCCGUUUUUCCAAGGGUCGCCCGGCAACUGCAGGUCCUCGAACUGGAGGGCGUUAGUCUGGAUUUUGAAUAUCUACAUAUAUCGGAAUUUCCCGCCUCGCUGAAACGUCUCGUUCUCAAGGAUUGCAGCGUUAAAGUCGGCAAUCAUGUCAAGAGCAUAUUUCACACGAUAGAAAAGCAAUUGGUUGACUUGGAGGAUCUCAGCAUUGAGGAUAAUCACUGGUUUGAGCCGUACUACAUAAUGGCACUGUCCAAGCUGCCCGUGUUGCGUCGACUCAGUUUGAAGGGCUGCCAAAUGAUGUGUAAAUUUGUGCCCUACGGCAGCAUGGCGGCCCGCUUUGGCUUUCAAAAGUUGGAGGUGCUCGAUCUGCGUUUGACGCCCAUUAACAAUUCGGAUCUGCAGUGUUUUAGCGCCAUUGAAACACUGAGAGAACUGCUGCUGGAUUCACCGCCCAAUCUGCCAGAGAAACCGCCGUCCCCAGGGAAAACGAGCAAUGGCAGCGGCGAGGAAUCAACAACUGCCACGCAAACGGACUCGGCCAAAAUGCUCAGCGAUGACGAGCCAUCAACAUCCCGUGCAGCCAUGGAACAAUAUCGUGCACAGAAUGCGCGAAAUCAGGAAUCCACAACGACAACAACAGCAGCAGCAGGCGCAGAAGGAGCAGAAGCAGCUGGUAGCGAUACAUUCGCCACGGACAAUUGCAAUGGACAACAGAGGCAGCAGAGGGACAACAGCGAUUCGAGGCAUGCACGGCAUGGUGGAUGUGUUUCGUCAGAGUCCGAGGAUGAGGACACCUCAUCAACGUCGGCGUCCUCAUCCGAUAAAUCGGAUAAUGUCGCCGGGCACAGCAACGAGCAUAGCUCCGAUGCGGAUGGCAAUGGUGGCAUGCAGUCACCACUUGUCGUCAUAAGGCUGCCCAGCAUGGCACGCGAACGUUCGCCAUCGCCGGCCGAGCAUGCUGCCGCCAAUGUUGAGAAUAUUGAGAAUCCCGAACCAGGUGCAGCAACGGGUGCCGCAGGAGCCGGAGCAGGCGCAGCAGCUGGAGCUGGAGCGGGUGCUGGUGGUGGUGGUGGUGGUUCGGGGACGCCGCGUGCCUACGUCUAUCUGCAGAAUGGUGUGCCACAUUUUGGACAACGGCCGCAGCAGGCGAUGGCCUGCAUCCUCGAGAUGGUCGAUCAGAAUUGGCGCGGCAAUCAGCCGGCGCACAGUCGUUUCCUGCCGCGACGCGACGACAUCAUCUAUACGGACCGCCAGCGAAUGGUUGACUUUACGCGCCGCCGUCGCAGCCAACAACAAAAUGGCAAUGCCAAUAACGGCAAUUUCCAGCAGGUGGUGCAACAUCAGAUGUUCUGGAAUAUGCUCGAUCCCCUGGACAGGGAAUAUCCCCGACGAUUGCGCAGUCGUCCGCCAACAAGUUCACUGCUGCCACAAUACUAUGUCUCGGAUCGGGCGAUCUAUAGCUUUGGCCGUGCACCGAAUCCGGUGCAGCCGGAGAUGGUCUGGAUACGCAACGCGAAUCGGUCGUCCAACAAUCGACUCGAACGCAUCCAGCUGUGCAAUUAUACACACAUCACAAACUAUACACUGGAGCAUCUGGUGCAGUGCUCCCCCAAUCUAAUCUAUAUCGAUGUGAGCGGCACGAGUGUCACACAAUUGGGUGUGAAUAAUUUUAAGAGAUUCAAGCCCGAAUGCGAGGUGAUUGCAACGCAUUUAACACUACUGAAUAAACAACAGACGGAGACGGAGACGGAGGCGGAGACGGACGCGGAUGCAGAUGCAGAUGCAGAGACGGAUACAUCGAGGGAGGAGCAGCAGCAGCAGCAAUCUGAAGAGUAG